AGGAGGAGAUAGAAGAAAUCUCAUCAUCAAUCUCCGGAUCCAAUCCAAUUCCCUAUCGUCUCUUCAUAGAUACAUAUUGAGGAUGGCUAACAAAGAGGAUCGUGAGGAGCAUCCUCCUCGUGGGAAUGAAUGGGAAGUCGUCUCGCUUACUUCUUCAGCUUACGCUGCUGCUCCUGGUCCGUAUAACGUUGAAUCAAGAGAUGUGCGGAAAUAUGAUGCUUACUAUGGAGCAGAAACUUCACGUGAUCUGUACAUGUCUGAACACUUUGUAUUCCCACCUAGUGAGCAUGAGAAUUUACCCAUUGAUGAACAUUUAUUCAAGGAGGAGCAAAGAAAGGAUGGCGGAGACUUGAUGCUCGAAGGUCAGGGAUUGUCUGAUCAGUUUCAUUAUGAAGCUGGGAACAACCAACAGAGUAUCUAUGGUGAAUCUGCGCUUGGUUCUUCUAGACACAUGGAAUCAUUCGGAAGUGAAACAGCUGUGUAUGAACACGGGUUAGUUGAUGCCGAGCCAAAUGAGUAUGCAGAGGGAAAAUUAGAUCUCCAUUCUGAUACCGAGGGAGAAAAGGAUGCCGAAAAAUCAACACACAACCUUCCUUGUGAAGCUUGGUGGAAAAGGAGAGCUAUUUCUAUGUAUUCACGCACAAGAGAAGCAAACGCGAUAUGGUCCUUAUUCUUUGCAGCUGCAGUCGCAGGACUCGUAGUUCUUGGUCAACGCUGGCAACAAGAGAGGUGGCAGGUUUUGCAACUCAAGUGGCAAUCAAGCAUCAGUAGCGAGAAACUGAGCAGAGUACUCGAACCUCUCUCACGCGUGAAAGACGUGAUUGUGAGAAGUAACCCACAAGCUUCUCUCGUAAGGAGUGGUUCAUCCAGUGAGGUCUAGAGGCAAAGUAUGAUAAACUCAAAGAGACAAAAAGACCAAUGUAACGUUUGUUGCUUUGACAAUCUCACACAAGCAUAGGUAAGUACAAAUUUGGUCUUGAGUUACAUGUGUGCAUGAUUGUCAAAAGCUAUCUGCUUUCUUGGGAGCCUAUGUUGCUUCAUUAUCUUGUACCAUUAGAAUGGAGAUCCAGUUACCUUCUUACAAAGCAAUCUCUUUAGGUGUCAAAAGCGCUUGUUCUAGGGUGGAAACUGGAAAAAUAUACACAUACACUGCUU